AUGAAAAAUUUCUGCUUAAAAGUUGUUCAAACACAGAAUGGAGCUAUCACCGGCCACCGCGCACCGAAUGCUAAAGAUGUCUGGGAGUAUUUAGGGAUUCCCUAUGCCCAGCCCCCAUUAGGGAACCUACGAUUUGCUGCACCCAAGAAAUAUAGUUUAAAAGGUUCUUACAUGGCUGCAGAUUAUGGAUUUGACUGCCCGCAACAAGCUGCGACGCAGCCCAAGUUUCCGGGUUUCACUACACAGGCCGUUCGAAUACUGAACUACUUCACCAGUGCUGCCGGUACACAGCGGAGUGAGGAUUGCUUAAAACUGAACAUUUGGGCGAAACCAUCGAUCAAGUCUGUGCACUCGGAUAAACCGGUUUUGAUCCUAUUUCAUGGAGGACGUUUUACUGGAGGUGGGUCAAACACGCCCUUUGCCAACGGUCAGCAUCUUGCGAAUGCAGAGGAUAUAGUUGUAGUCUCGGUCAACUAUCAUUUAAACGUCUUCGGUUUCCCUGGUGCACCAGGAGCCGAUACCAAUCUUGGGUUACAGGAUCAGCGCCUUGCAGUCGAAUGGCUUCAAGAGAACAUCAGAGCAUUUGGAGGAAACCCAAAUCACAUGGUCAUUGCUGGACAAUCGUCAGGCGGUGUUUCAGUGAAUUGGUGGUCAUAUGCGUACGAGCAGAAUCCCAUUGCCCACGGCCUCAUGUCCACUUCCGGAACCGUGUUCAGUUUCCCUUUGAAAAAUUUCCAAAAGCAGAAAGACAACUGGAAUAACCUCACCACUGCCGUCGGUUGCGCUUCCUCAAGCAAUACUCUUGCUUGCAUGCGUGGGUUACCAUGGGAAACCAUUUCCUUAGCUGUUGCAAAGAUCCCAGUCAGUCCUGGAGGAAGCCUAGUGCGGUCUACUCCACCUUUCUACUUUGUUGUUGAUGAGAAACUUGUGUUUAGCGAUUACAACGCACUUGCUAAAGCCGGUAGCUUUGCCCGCCUACCCUAUUUUCUCGGUCACAACAACAACGAGCAAGGAUACUACGUGAUCCCGGCAUUUGCAGCUGGACGUAACAUCACAGAGGCACAGGCUUCUCAAUUCUUACUAGAAUUUUUUGUCUGUCCUGUAUCCUACGAAGCUAAGAAUCUUGUCAAUAACAGCAUUCCAACCUUUGUGUACCGCUACUACGGCGACUGGGAAAAUACCCGUCUUUACCCAACGAGCGGUGCUUAUCACGGUUCUGAGUUGCAUAUGAUCCUCGGAGGCUCAGAGGAGAUUAGUGGACUUCCUGAGACCAAACCUCAGAAAGAUACCAUCAAGCUCUUCCAGAGAGCAGUAGCUGAAUUCACCGCUGACCCUCAGAAUGGUCUGAUUGACAAGUUGCGCUGGCCACGAUUCAAUCCAACGGCUGAGACAUGGGCUGAAAUUUCUGUUGACAAUCAACCGCGAAUCAGCUUUGCCAAGGCAGAGAAGUAUGACAAGACGUGCCCAUUCAUAAUUAUGGGAGCAUUGUCUAUUCAAUGA